GACAAAUGGCCUUCUCGUCGUCAAUAUAACACUUACCAUAUUGGAAAGGUUUCACCAACAAAAUCAAGCUCAAACUACUCGUAAAUAGCUCAGGCUCGAUGCAAUUAGCACUUGAGAUCGACUCAACUGAUUCCGAGUGAAGUACUAGGAUCGUCUUGACCCGACUCGAUUACUCCCGGAGGAUAUCCACGUGCAACCAAACACCACAACGCAAGCCCAGCAAAGAAACCCCGAGUAAGCAUGGGCCGCGGGCCGAAGCCCAGCGAGCAAGACCGGUGCGGACGAAGCUGACGUGGCGGCGGGAAGGUGGAGGACGGUGCGGCGAAGCGGUUCCUGCUCCCGUUCUGUUCUGUUCUGUUCUAGCAUCUACAGCCGAUCAGGAGGACACGAGGCGCCGAAGGAAGAGGCAAAGAUGCUCUUUUUCUUCUCUUUUCUUGUUUUUCUUCAAGGUGUGAGGAGGGGUCCUCUCCCCCAUGUCGGGUCGCCUGUUGAAAAGAUCGUUUCUUGAUGGUUAUGGCGGCAUUCUUUGGGUUGAUUGUCUUCGAGGGUGUAGCUGCUGAGGCCAUAUAAAAGUUGGCCCCCCCUCCGCAACGAAUGAGGGAACUGUUCAACGGAUAGGGAAGUAGAGGGCUUGAGAAACGAGAAUGGGAAACAUGGGGAGCAGCAGCUCGGGGCGUCGAAGGCGGCGGAGCCACCUGCCUCCUCCUCCUCCGCCGCCUCCCCUGCCUCCUCCGCCUCAGAGUGCCGGUAACCGAUACGUGUUCGCGGCCGCCACCCCGUAUCCAUCACAGUACCCCCAUCCGAAUCCGCCGGGUUCCUAUCCGUACCAUGGAUACUAUCCACAGCAACCGGUGCCCGGUCCUUACGGACCACCGCCUUACCCAAACUUGGCCGGUGGGCAGUACCCAUAUGGGCCCGCUCCUGCUCCUGUUACCCCCUAUGUUGAGCACCAGAAGGCAGUCACUAUAAGGAAUGAUGUUAACAUCAAGAAGGAGACGCUUCGCAUCGAACCAGAUGAGGAUAAUCCUGGAAAGUAUCUUAUUUCUUUCGCUUUCGAUGCCACUGCUCCUGGAAGCAUCACUCUUGUUUUUUUCGCUAAAGAAACUGAAGACUGUAACUUAAUCGGGACAAGGGAGAGCCUACUUGAACCUGUCAUAAUAGAAUUUGAGCAAGGUCUCGGCCAGAAGUUUCGACAACCUUCCGGGACCGGUGUCGACUCCUCAAUGCUUGAGGAGAUGGGUGUAGUAAAAGAUGGUGAUUUUGAGAUUUAUCCUCUUGUGGUGAAGGCCGAAGCAUGCCCAGUGAGUGCUGCAGAGACGGAUAGUAGUUCAGUCAGAAAUUCUCAGAUAACCCAAGCAGUGAUUGAGAAAGGGAAAGACGAAUACAAGGCGCGUGUGGUGAAACAGAUCCUCUGGGUGAAUGGCAUGAGGUAUGAGCUACAGGAGAUAUAUGGUAUCGGAAACACAGUCGAGGGGGAGUUCGAUGGUAAUGACUCUGGGAAAGAGUGCGUCAUCUGUUUGUCAGAACCACGGGAUACGACGGUUCUCCCUUGCAGACACAUGUGUAUGUGCAGCGGCUGUGCUAAGGUCCUCAGGUUCCAGACGAACAGGUGCCCGAUUUGCCGGCAACCGGUGGAGCGGCUCCUGGAAAUUAAGGUGAACAAUGGCAGCGAAGACUCGGGAGAGUCCACGACUCAAGCGACGUAAAGCUAUCCUCAAAUGUAUCGUUUUUAUAUUCCUGGCCCACCUCGAUCGUACGUCCGGCAAGAUCUCGCCUGGAGACCAACUUUGCCGCUGCUCAUGCUUCAGCCCGACUCUCAGUUGCUUGUGUCGAAAAUAACCGCUCGCGGGUUUAACGCCAAACGGAUUAGUUAUGAACACAAUUAUGGGUUGUUUGAUGGGAGAUUGGGUUGUGUAAUAGAAAUCGUUUUGGACUUCAAGCCAUCUUGUAUCUGCUUCUGCAUGGUUAAUCUUUCUGUCGCUUUACCUGUAAAAAUUCUCGUUCCUUGCGUAGCUGAGAGAUUUCUUCUUCUUUU